AUGAGCGCUCAAGUGGUGCAAGUUGUACAGAAGCUAUGCGACGAUUAUGUCAAAACGACGCCACAGAAGCUAAAAAUCAUUGACGCUUAUAUGACGUACAUUCUCUUUACUGGCAUCAUUCAGGUAUGUCUUUCUCUCUAUUUUUUUUUUUUGAUUUGAUCUCCACGAUCAUCACGUCCAUCUUUAUAUUGAAUCUAUCAAUCUUGAGCACUGAAGGUGAACAUUCACAAAACAAAAACCGGAAAAUUUGUUAAAAUCUUUCAUUUCAGUUCGUUUACUGCUUGCUCGUCGGAACGUUCCCUUUCAAUUCUUUCCUUUCUGGCUUCAUCUCCACUGUUGCUUCUUUCGUCCUGGCUUGUAAGUUUUUUGCUUUUUUUUAUUUUCUAAAUGAGAAUUUAAAGUUUUUCUAUUAUUUUUUCUAAAGACCUUUUUUCAACGAUUCUUGAACAUUAAAAUAUCAAUGACAAGUAACCGGAUUUCUGAACUAUUGUUAAGACUAAAUAGUGCAUUUCUUCGAUAAAUCAAAAAAAAGCCUUCUCGGAAGUUCUAUUUUUCAUGUACCUUUAAAUGUUUUCAUGCAUUAACUCUCGCAUACUUGUUGAAUUGACAUUUUUUAGCAUGCCUCCGGAUGCAAGUGAACGAAGAGAACCGCAGCGAGUUCUCGGAAAUCUCGCCGGAACGAGCAUUCGCCGACUUUAUUUUCGCCAACCUCAUACUACACUUGGUCGUCACUAACUUCCUUGGUUGA